AUGUUUGUAGAAACACAUCGCCGUAACGGCCGUCGCAUUACAUGUAAAACCGCGGACGCUCGCAGACGCCCUUGUUUUCGAGUUGAAUUCGCCUAUCCAAAAGGAAGUGAGCGUGACGAGAGGGCCGUGGCCAAACCAAACUUUGAGGUAGAGCGCAACGAACAAAUCUAUUCAGCUCAAGCAUUUGCUGCAACUCGUUUCGGAUCGACUAAACUCAAAACAUAUCAGUCGUCACAGUGUGGUGAAAAUGGCUACGGACAUCAUCCUUUCACAAUGCCAUCGAUUUAUGCUUAUUUGAGGCUGCUCGUGUUCCUGAAUGCAAUUGCUUGCGCGACGAUGUUGCAAAGUACAGAAGAAGAUACUGACACACAUAAAGGCGGAGAGUCCUCGGACGAAGAGAAGAAGCGACUUUUGGAGGAUGCUCAAGGUGAUCGUGCAAGUAGUGGGUUCGUUGAUGAUGACGAGCUUAGCGACCGUUAG